AAUUGCGCCAGUCAGUGGUACUUCGGCUGGCGAUCGAUUCGAACGCAUUUUUCCUCCCUUUGGCGGGUCCGUGGAACCCCUUUCGGAUAACUUGUAAGUGAGUGACAAAUUUUGGCGGGUGCUAUCGCUCAGCGAUAACAACAUAGUUGGAAGCAAUAGCUGCGGAAGGUUCAACCGUAGUGAUUAUGCACCGACCUGAGGUGACACAAAUCAAUUUUAAUGCAGCUAGUGAAAAAUGCACUCUGUUCAGGUUGAUAACGGUGGAAAAUCUCAACAAAUGUAAUCACCAACAGUAGCGGAAUGCUACAAUACUCUAAAAGUAACGAGUGAUGUAAUUCAAUGUGAAGCCGGGUGAUUCAAACCAAAUCCAGUGCAUUUAUGAAUUGUUUUUGUUUUCUUCUGUGAUCGUGAUCCGUGUUGGAAAUAAAUCGACCGCCAAUAUUUUACCUCCUGCUUCGGUUAUCGACCGUUCUACUGCAAUUGCUUGCGUUAACCAGAAAAAAGCACGUCUCGAUCAGCAGUCACCGAAGGUAGCAGCGGCAGCGGCUUCAGCAGCCCUCUUUCAACGGAAACAUUUUCCGACUUGGAGCACCACCUCACGCCAUAAACGGAACUCGCCCAUUAGAAGCCGUUUUAUUUGCACGCGGUCGAAUGAUUCGACAGCAAAACAAACAAAAAAUGGGCAAUAUUUUCAUACUGCUGUUCGGGUUUUAUCUGAUAUAUCUGGACGAAGCAAAUGCGUCAUGGGGUACACCGGACAGCAACCAGUACCACAUCCAGACGGACGAGGGCCCCGAGAGGUAUUUCAGGUGUCAAACCGACAACGGACAGUUCAGGAAGGAGAAACGCCUACAGGAUGGCACAGUGAUUGGAACGGACGCCUGGAUCGACGCAUCGGGCUACCUUCGACAGAAGGAUUACAUCGCUGAUGACAAAGGCUAUCGGAUUUUGAAGUCCAAAACGGUGUAUGUAGGAAGAGACCUCCCUAUACAGGACGCGAUCAAGUCCGUUAAAAAUAGGCCAGCGGAUUCUGGAGUUCUUGUGUCCUCGAAUCCAGUGUACUCUCCACCACCGCAACCAAUUGCGGUGAAGACAACGACUCCAUCCCCGAUUCUUAGGCCAGUCACUCCAAGCGUCGUAAAAGCUGUUUUUAUUAGACCACAUUCGGAACCUGUUAAUACAAAUUAUCUGCCAGCUAACAUUCCAAACGAUCAAUACUUGCCGCCUGGCAGAUACUACCCAACCAAUACCCCAAGACCAAAUAUUUACGUCACCUCAAGCACCCCAUACUCGCCGCUGGCUGGCAAUGAUAUUUCAUCGACCCCAGUUGCCGUGUACGUGCAACAUUCAACACCUUCACCACCUGCCGAUCGUUCCGAAGCACAUCUACCUCCGCUAGUCAUCUAUAAUAGUGAUCCAAAACGGCCAAACGAAUACGACAACUCGACGCCACGACCAGAGGACCCCUCAUAUCAGUUUAAUCACAACUUACUGCCAGCGAAACCUCAGUUCACUCAGCGCUAUCCACCUUUAUACCGGAGACGAAUUCAGCCAGAGCGUAGACGUCCUCCGUACGUUGAGCCUAUCGAUGUAACAUCAGCGGCACCUUUCAUCGAACGGGCAACUCCCGCUCCAAAACCAUACGUUGUUCCAAUAUCCGAUAACAAUCUAGAUGCCCAAUCAAACUUCAAUCGGGACCUGCUGGAACCUCCAUCGAACUACGAUGGUUAUCAAACGAUCCGACGAGCCGAUAGCGUAUACGAUGGGGUGUCGGUAACCAACGAUGGUUUCCGUUACUAUCUACCUCGGCAGUAUCACGAAGAAGCCAACUCCGGUAGCGCCACCAGGGAGGGUAGUUUUGGUUACAUCGAUCCCUUCGGUAUCCGGCGAGUUGUGUACUACAACACCGGCCCUGGCAAAGGAUUCGUUCACCGAAAGAACAACCGAUUCGUGGGCUUCAACGCGACCCCGUACGACCCACGGCCGCUGUAGGAGGGGGAGCAACGCAAUAAGCUACCCACGAUAGUCAACCGCCACGUACUUACGCUUCGAUACAAUUAUUUAUUAACUGAUCACCCCUCUCCCUCGGCCCUCCCUUCCUUCGAUGAUAGUAUUAUUAGUAGAUGAACGAUUUUAACGCGCGGUGGUCACUACGAAAGGAUCUAUGAAGGCGAAGCUCGUUUUGUGCUUGCAUGAAACCGUGGGCGCUCUUCGUGACACUGAAUUAGAGCACCAUUUAACGAUUGUAUCAAAUUCGAAAUUAACUGCCGUACGCACCGGCUACCAAUGGCCGUUCACAUGCACUAACGAGGCAUGGCCCCGCAAAACUCCUCCGGGUGUGCUCACCUCAGGCGAAGUGCACGUUUUCAGUCUGAUGACUGUUGAGCUAUUUAGCAGACCCAUCAGACUCGUCACAUAUGUGGCGCCGACGCAAGAGAGGAGGCGGGAGAGCAAAUGCUGCGUUCGUUUUGCGCUAGUUGUGAUGAUAAAAUGUAUAAUUUCGAAGUAGCGCGUUCGGUUACUCCCACUCCAAAUAAUUCCAGUGCAGAGUUUUUGCUUUGAUGCGUAUUGCGCAAAUUAGUCAUACCUACGGAAUCGGAGCUCGAGCACUAUCCUCAAUUAGCCUUUCUUGACAGUCACUUAAUAAUCAAGGGCUUUGUUAGGCUGGGUAUAUAGUUUGAUUAUCGAUAUUAAAACCAUACAUAGCGUUGUGGGAAACGGGAGAACCAAUUAUAAUAAUUUAUAAGGCAGAUCAAAAUCACGUCUUUUUCAACCAUUCAGUUUCUCACACAAUCAGUGAGAAAGGUCGAGGCACAUUUUUUUUAAAUAUUUAUAUUACUUCCGUUCAGUCCAGGACAAAGGUGUUUCGAAUAGUUCGCCACCCGAACUAAGAGGUCACAACAAGACACAAGUCAAACAAGCUCUAAUGCCAGAGGGCACCUCAUAUGGAUGAAGUGAGAAACAUUGAUUCUUGUGAUACGAGAAUUUUGCUUUCGUUUUCGAUGCUCAAGGUGAGGGUUCUAUCCGAAACAUUAAAUAAGGAAUGUCAACCAUGAUUUUGUGAGGAUUGAUCUUGUGUUUGAAAAAUUCGUCAAAAAAUUUGACCUUAUCUUGAAUGUUAAAUUAUAAUGAAUGACCCGUACCCGUCUUCGAAAGGUACUGUUUGCACCCCUUCACUGGAGGCCAUUUCUGCUGGUGUGAACAAGACGAUUUCGACUAAAUUUGGGAAGCAUUUUUCAAUUAUUUAUACCCAAUAAAACCUUUGAGAGCAAAAUAUUCACGUUGUGUUGAUGUUUGGCAGUCACCAAAAAAGGAGACUUAGAGGAAGCGAGCGUUUGAUACAUAUUUUCGGAACCAGGUGAAGUGUUAGAAGCUUUGGUAUGUGUAGUCAAAGAAACUCCACUUUUCUGCUUCAUUUUCUAGUGUACCUUGUUAGAACAUUGGAUGAAUGCCAUUUAUCUGAUAUUCUAUCUGAUGCAACCUUUCGACAAGGAGCCCAACUUCUUUUAUUGAGAUUACCUGGGUUGAACCAUUGAGCCUAUUUUCUUCCCCGUUUCUAUCACUCUUCAAGUUGAAAAAUCGAAUGAUAGAUAUCAAAAUUUAUAUUAUCGCCUUCCAGGGCCCUUCUAAAACAAUAUACUUUUUCCAACAAACUGACUGGAUUCAUCGGAACAUUUCUUAAAAGCUGUAUUCAGGAAUUGCCUUCUGCUCACACAUCUGUUCACGGCUCCUACGAAACGGUAAUUUGAGUUUCUGAAAUUGGUAAAGGCACCCCCAUGUCUUGUCGCCAGUAAUUAUACGUUGGAUGAACGUUACAUCGAAAUUUGAUCGUUCAGGCAUGUCAUGUCACUUGAUCAUGAUCUUUUUUUUUUAAAUUGACCUCAUUUGGCACUAGUCGUGCUGUGUCUUUUGUCAUGCCCAAAAUAUCAACCAAAAUAUGACGCACGUUCCCGUGAGAGAUAUUUAGUUUAUGGGCUAGUUCUCUUAAACUUAAAUGACGAUUUCCGAGCAUCAUUCUAUUUAUUUUGUCGACGUUUUCAUCAGUUGAAGAUGUGGAUGGUCGUCCUUGGCGUGGUAAAUCAAUCGCAAUCGGCGAGCAAAAAAAGUUAACUUGUUCUUAAUUGCUCUGUAAACAAACUAAAUGGCACUUAAAGUUGAUAUUAAGACCGCUAACAGUAGUACCAACGUAUAAAAAUUGAAAAAUGUUCAGCAGGAAGAAUAAAAAUUACAAAUUCCCGGAAUAUAUUUGACAGAAUGUAGUUUAUAUAAUCACAAUCUCAACACGUCUGGCGUUCCACAGAGAAGCAACUUGAGACCGCUACUGCUUGUCAUUUUUUUCAAUGAAGCUGAAACUUCACUCGUUUAUAGGUGCAAGCUCACAUACGCCGAUGGUCUAAAGAUCAAUAUGGUGGUAGACUGAUUUGCACAUUGUUCUCACCUACAAGAUACUCGAAAAGUUUGUUUACUGGUGUCGCUAGGAACAAACUUGUCAUCAGCAUGUCAAAAUGUCAGGUUAUGUUCCUCCAUCGUUCGUAUAAUCCUUUUUAAUUACCAAUCCUGAACCGAGUGCAUCAAGUGAUGGAUCUUGGUGUUGUGUUGGAUAUAAAGCUUUCAAUUGAAUCGCACAGCGCAUCAGUUAUCUCGAAGUCAGGGUUUAUUUAUUAUGAGGCAAUAGAACAAGUUGCCACUGGAACCAGCGAAGUCGACGGAAAACGUUAAUGCAAACUUAUAGCCUUGGAAAAGACUGUUUUGGUAGGAAGGGCUUGGCAAAUUGCGCAAAUAAAACACGUGUGUGGCAAUUCAGCUUGUUUUUUUUAUCUUCACUAUAUAGAGUUCUGGUACGGAAUGAAUUCUUCUAAAAAAUGCUCUUCUAUUCAUACCAAUCUGGAUUAGUAAUUUCACCCGUCGAUGCUGAUGUUUGUGUUGGAGAGACGGUACUAUCUCUAUUGCUCCAUCCAUAUUGCGUUUUUUGCAACAUACAGUGGAAUACAGGUAAUCUCAAGAUCAUCUUCUCGCUGUUGCUUGCGACCCUGGUUUCAUUCCGAAUGAUCCCGGAGUUGAUACGACAAUCGGUAGGAUACAGGUUUUAACCCCUGGGCGAUCGUAGAUUGCGCCGGGUGGUACUCGAACGCGUAGAAUGUGUAUCAGGCGAUCAGGCUAUGCACACUAAGUCAGCUAUAUAGUCUUUGAUUGGCGACGCUAAUUUGUUUCUCACGGAAACUUUCUGUUUGAGAGGCCCGCAGAAAUCCACUCCGGUGUUUGAAAAGACUCUGGCAGGAGCAAUGCGGACGGCAGUCAAUUGAUCUAACAACUGAUUUUCGGGGCGAGUAUGGAAGCCUCGAAGCCUCGUAUGAAGUUGUGGAUGUGUUUCCGUAUCAUGUUACGGACAUUUAAUGGUCAGAAGCGUUCACGGAUGUGUGCGAUUGAAGGUUUCCCAUGAACUUAUUUGAUAAGCAGUGUAGUAAAAUGAUGAGGUGCUGGUAGUUUCGUCCAAAUCAAUACGUGAAGUGGUUCAACUAGCCACCAACUCGAAGUGUACCAUUUUGGAUAAAGGAAUUCAACGAUCUAUUGAAGACUUAUUCAAAUUAAUUUGCUGGUUUUUAUGGACGAGUGUAAUCUUGAGUACUUGAAAGUUUCACUUUUAGAAGAAGAAGUUUCUACAAUGGCAAGAAGCACUUGAUAUGGGAAGUGUCGUCUGGAGUAUAAAUUGGACGUACAACCGCUGCCAACUUCAUGGUUUUUGGACGAUUUCGGAGACUACUUGUGUUGGAUCAAACUGGGCGAAGUUAUUAUUCCAAACUGAUGAAUCAGAUAAUAACCAAGACUGAUCUUUCCACAACAAUGCAACAUUGCACCACAAGGGAUUCUCAACACCAGCCACAUGCCUUCAAACGUUCCCUUACGUCAAUCUUUGUAUUUCGGCGAUUCGAUUAGCUACGAAAAUCUGGUACUUCGAUGGAGAAUUAACAAUCCAAUGAAGAGUGAAUCAAGUCAUUUGUUGGAUUUCGGUAACUGUUGCAUAAUGGAUACUUCUUACAGAAGUCAUCCCACUCGGGUUGUUCAGUAGAUGCUGCUAAUGGUAAUUGAUUCGUGAAUCAUUUUUGCCCUUCCUCUUGAAGAAAAAAAAUAGCAACUAAGGCAGCAGUCUUUUUCGAAGCUGACUAUUGCCACAGACGAUUAUAUAUUUGUUUCACCACCACCACCAUUACCUUUGACGUAGAAUUAAAAAUAGCAGUGCGUACGUGUGAUUCAAUAAUACACAAACACUCCCCGCCGACUCGGUGCUUCUUUUCAUCAUUUAACCUCGGCUUUGAAAAAAAAAUGAAAAAAGACAGGUGGAUAAUGUAUGGGACAUAACCGAAGAGACGUCGGAAUACACCAAAGGCUGUUUUGAUUUGUUUUGUUGUUUUAAUUCCAUUCAGUGGGGUAGCGUGACCGGGCGACACACGGGUCGGGUCACUAGGGUGUCACCCCUCCAAACUUAUCCAAACAUCAAAAGUAUUUAUUAUACUAUUAGAUAGGACGAACAAGAAAUCACAAAAUCUUCACGCGUUGGUCCCUGGAACUGACAGUUACAAAAGAGAAUAAAUAAAAUAUUGUUUAGUUUUGGAUGUCGAAAUGUGACUCAAUUAAAUCUUAUCAAAUAAAUAUCUUUGGAAGCUGUGACCGACACUGAUAUUGUACAAAUGCUUCCCGUUAAGGGCGCUUUCGCUCUCUUGUUGCGGGCUCAAUGAAUGCGCAGCAAUAACGAUACUGAUUUAAAUAGGGCUCAACGUGAUAAACAUAUAUGUGCCAUCAUUGAUCGCAAAUAUUUGAUUGAUUUCAACUCUGAUAAGCCUCACCACAAGAUGCUUAAAAACGUACACGGUUAGAAAUCGUUUCAAAUUAACUGUAAAAUUUGGAACCGAUUCAUGAUCCCACUUCAUGAUGAACUGUAAACCCACCCAAUGCAAUCUCAUUAAUGACAUCAUUAGAACUAAUUCCAGCGGUCUUCAAAUGAAUACGGGGUCCUGGUAUCUCUAGCAAAAGCUGCCUUUCCGAAACUUUGUAGUUGCCAGUUUGUCAAAUCCACUUUUUCUGUUCGUUGUCAGGUACUCAAAACGUGUGUCGAGCUUGAAUUGCUUAAAAAUGUCGGCUUCUUUAGGCGAUUUCAACCGUUCCUGUAAUUCCCGAUGAAAAUUAUCAAUGCACUUCAACAUUCCCUUUUCCAUCGUUGGACCGGGUGCGGAAGAUCUUUCGCCUGGUUUGUUCAUUUUAUCUUAUUUAGCUAUCUAGAAGUAUCUUAUGAGUUCUCCUUUCAGUAGCAAAUUUUUAAUCAAUGCAUUUGAUAAAACCCUUUGAUGGCCAUUUCGACUAGACUCUUCCUUGCGGUACAGCGCAUCAAAAGUACAGAUAACACAGAAGUAUGAGGUCAUAAACAUCUGGUAAGAAGGACCGUGCACUUGAUUCAGUAUUUGAGUCGCACAAUACUCUGGUGGCUGUGAUCAUUCCAUAAAUUGGUUUCUCAGCAAUAUAAUGAGCACUCCAUCGAGUUUGCGACAAUCUUUUAACAACACACCUGUGUGGCUCAGAAACGAGUAAAUAGAUUAAACAGCUCUAAUGAUCUCACACAUUGUAGAUUCUUAGCGAAAUCAUGUUGUCCUCAUAAACCCAAAGAUCUGUCCAUAAACCCUAUGGAUACGGCUUUUUUGCUUUGCUUUCUCAACAAAAACUGGACUUCUUGAUUCGAUCUUGACAUGGUUGGAACGGUCGAUAGCCUGCGAACGGGAAUUUCAUGAAAACUAAACCCUAACCUUCCAAUUGAUGAAGGAUGUCUUUAUUCAAAUCUGCAGCUAUCCCCACCUAAAACGAAUAAACUAGGAGUGGGUUUUAUCUGUGAUAUAACCGCUAGGUUAACGUAGGACUGCUAUUGGCAUAGUAAUAAUUUGUUUGAUGUUGCAUCUAAAUCAAUUCUCAAAAAAUCACGGCACGGCUCUGUUCAUCACGGCAGUAACAGAGAAACUGACAGAGGUUGGCCAGCCGAAGCUAUCGCUUUUUAUAAUGAUUUAAAAAAUUUGCUUUCGAAGCAGUUUUGAGUUAUUGAAACAAGUUUUAUGGGCAAUAAAUAAAAAAAACAUCUCUUGUACCUUGUUUACCUUUAUCUUUCGAAUAAUGUUGUUUUAAUACCGUUCAUCCGGGAGAGAGAGAGAUAUACGCUCAAAACUUUGUACUUUGAACGUAACCCCCUCGUUCUCGAGACUUUAAACUUACGCCCCAGUACAGAAAUGAAAGAUAUAUUUUGUAGUAUGAGAACAUAAAAAAUACCAAGAAAGAUUCUAUAACAUGGACUUUUCCAUUGUGACUUGUUUUGUUAGAUAAUUUUAUUUAUUUAUCUAUUUACUAUGACUCUACAUCCCAUUGAGAUUAGAUCUGAUUUACUACUCUUCUCCAAAAAACCCGAUCCAUGGCUGCAGUUCUCCAGCUUCCGGCUGCCCCGAUUCUUGCCAAGUGCUGGUCCCUGGUCCCUGGUCCAAUCACCUCGCUCGCUGGGCUUCUCCCUUCUUGUUCCUGCCGGAUUCGAUGCGAACACCAUCUUUGCAGGGCUGCUGUCCGGCAAUCAUGCAACAUGCAUUGUUAGAUAAUACCAUAAGUAAUAACCGGCUACCUUCAUUCAAAAUCAUGAUUUUUUUUCAAUAUAAUAUACUUGUCAUGGUCGUGGAUGUCACCCCUCUAAGGGCACCCGGGGCGGACCACUGAGUGGAUAAUUUAUACCCUUCGCUCGUGCAACGUAAAAUGGGCGAACUCGUAUUUCAAAUCAAAAGAGAGAAACAGCAAACAUAUUCCAUAGCACAGCCUUUUAUUUUAUACAAACAACCCAUAUUCAAUUACACGGAAAACUUCCAAUACGCGACGCGAGCAAUCGGCACAGCAGGGAUAUUCUCAAAUUACCUUUCAGCUCUAACACAUGAUGUUAGCUGAUCGCUAUCUAGAGUGUAACUAUUUUUCGAAUUGAUAGAUCAACCAACUUAUACUUUCCGCUAUGUUUCUCGAUGCAACGUGACAUCGAAGAAAGAUACCAUAACAAAAUCAAUCCAUUAAUUGAACAAAAAAAUGUUCAAAAUGUUACACGAUUUCGCUAUCUCCAGACUAGGAUUUGCGAGUUAUGAGUGUUUAAAAUUAUUUUCUUAUUUCUGCUUCCAUCUGCCACAACGUUUCUUAAGAACUGAACGAAUCCUAACAGAACCUUCACCAAUGAAAACCAAUGGAAAAGGACAGCUUUCCAAACAAUCCGGAAAAAAUUAUCCUUUUUGAAACUAUGAUUUUUGAAAUCGAAGUGUUCAAUUUCGCAUGCAGAAAGAGCUUCGCAGCUGUUCAUGUGGACAGUUUCGACAGUGCAAGAAAAAAUUAAAGUUUCGAUUCGCUCUGAAAAUUACGAAUAGAAAUUUCGCGCUAGGGUGCAGAACAAAACGAAUGAACGUGAAGCGAAAGGACCGUGCACGAAGGAGAAAAGAUAUCUUUACGGUGAACGCGAAAAGAGAGUGACAAUAUAUUUAACCAGCGUUGAUAAACUGCGACUUGAAAUUCAGUAAGUGCAAUGAUGAUUGACGAUUUGUCAAUGAUUGCGAAUCUCGAAUAUUUAGACGUGUUAAAGAUAUGUUAUUCAGCUCCUCCUGAUUAUUCUCGUAAAAAAUUUUCACGCUUGAUCUUAUUUAUUAUGCCGGAUUCAAAACAGACCUAAAGCAGAAUCACGAAAUCAAGUAUUAAUCUAAAUAUACGGAAAACUGUUUAAAAUUUUUAAUUUAGUAAAUUUACAACAUCAAAAACAAACGCAAAAUAAUCACAAACGUGUGUAAAUGUUGGUAUCGACUUCCGUCAUUGAUGACAGAACUCUUCCCAGUCUACUAAAUAAAACAUUCUAAUUAUACUUGUGUACAGCAAUAAGAUAUUUUGCUCGACUUGAAAGUGACUGGAGCCAAGAUGAAUGAGUUGUUCGUCUCGUCAGAUGAAUUAUUCGUCUCGUCAUAUGGGCUGCAGCAUCUACUGGGUUCUUUUUGUCGAAAAUAUUCCAGUUGCUUCAAAUAAUCAAUCCCAAUUUCGACAAGUAAUUGCAAAAACGUUGAAAAUUAUAGCCAAUCUUUCAUUUAUGAAUUUUGGAAUGAAAACACUAAUAGAAAAUAUUUUUUUAUUAAUACUUUUUUAAUUAGGACAAUUUAUCAGAAUAAGAUUCUUUUCAAUUUCAACACUCAAAUUCUGCAUAGUGAAAGGGGUGAAUAUUAAAGUUUGUUUCAUCGGCAUUUUUUCAUCGAUCAUAAAUAUUGCUCGGAGUCUGACCCGGAUAGAAUGUUAUUCAAUAUUCCAAUACAACAACUCAACCUUAAUCGAUGUCCCAAAACAGCAACUUAUUUCCGUUAGUCACUGUUGGGAGUUUUCUCUUCUAUUCGUCAUUCUACCAAAUACAAAAUAGUUGUGACUCAUAACAUCAUCUUAUUGAUUUUCUUUUGAUUUCCGACAGAGAGAUUCCCCACGCUUUCGCUUUCGCCUAAUUGGGACCUUUUUAGGCAAACGUUGCUCCCGACGAUGGCGUCGUUCAAAACCGGUAAUAUAGCGUUGUUUUGCGUGCGAACUUUCCUGGCAUCCCAUUUGUUUAAUUGCAUUUUGUUGAGUUCGCUUGAGCGCACUCACCGUCACUGUCUCUGUUACCUUUACGAACUCAGGGAGCGUUGUUCCCUAAUGUUUAUUUCCGUUGGAUCCUACCCAAUUCCGUGAGAAUCGCGCAAACCAUCCUUAAAUUCUGAACACAAUUAAAUUGUAGUUCAAUAGUCCAUCUGAACGAAUAAUAAUUGCUGAAGACGAAACAGCUACAACUUUGCUCGCUCCCAAUUCUUUGGUAUGACUAAUUCACGUAUUUCCAUCAUUCUCAAAAUUGUAGCUCCAGAGCUACAAAGCUCGAACCGAUUCUGCCCCAUUCCGCAAAAAUUGCCAUAAUUUUAAGUUUUAUGUUUUAACAUCAUUUCAGUAGUUUGUAAGUGGUACCAGCAAUUGUCACUAGCAAUUGUCUUACUCUAAAAAAAAAGAGAAAAGAAGGAAUCAAAUCACAAACUAAUUGCCAUAUUCGUAGGAUUGAAUUCACUAUCUAACCAUUGUAAUACAUUUAGACUCGUUCCGCGCGAGGUGUUCUUGGGUUCUUUGCUAAUAGCUAUACAUUUGCUCCGUUGAAAUCGAAUCGAAAACCCCAUCCAUCCUCCCAUCGCACUCAUGUGCUCAUGAAAAAUGUAUUUCCGUUGCAGAGAACCCCACUUGGCCCCUCGGCCACCGCAAAUGGAUCGGAAACGUAGCGAACUUGUUUCUCAUAUUGUCAAGUUUUAUUUUGUUUUUUCUUCCCUUGAAGGCUAAUCACAAAUUCAAGCGCUAUUUAUAACCAUUACCAGUAAGCAACGAUAUGACUGCAUGACAUACCUACAUUGUAAAUAGACUUAGAGACACAGAUCGGGCAGUACGCGAUUUCGAUCAAGAUAAAACUAAUCGAGAGUGGAAAGUUUCAAAACUA